AUGAACAGUACUGGGAAUAGUUUCAGAGGAGUAGGCUAGUCAAUCUUAAAUGGAUCAUAAUUCGGUUAGACCUAGCCAGUGAAACUGCAGAAUAUGAGGAUGUCUAUGGGUGAAGAUAACUCAAAUGGCAACUAAUUCAAAUAAGCAACUCACGCCUUCAUGCUAAAUAAAAGAUAAUCGCAAGAAAGAUUGCCCACAAAGCAAGGGAGAAUGUUUCAUAUUGAACUCGGAUAAAAUGUAAAUUAAUUAAUAUCAACUUACAACCAUUAAUAGGAUGGACCAUUUAAGAGAUAAGAGAUUAUUGGACAUCCACAUAUUGAUAAAUUUGGCACCAAUCAGUCAAUAACCUCAACUAUGGGUGGGCCUCAUAGUCAUGGUCCCUAGAACUAAAUAUCACCUAGAAUCGGCAUCUUGGGGCAUCAUACCUAUAAAUAAGAAGAUCGAGCUUAGAUGAUUCAAGCAGAUGAGGCUACAAACUCAGUUACCCAUUAAAUUAAAAGAAUUGAGGACUAGCUUGUGCUUGGCUAUGAACUUUUGAAUACAUAUAAAGAUGAAUCAGGAAAUUUAAGAUCACAAAUAGACUCUCUGAUGAAUAAUCUGAUUGAGAAAAAUGAAGGAGUCUUGUAAGAGAUACACCCUGAUUUGAUUGAUGAUUACAAGACACUUAAGGAUACGAUCAAGGAAUAAAAAGACGAAAAUGAGCAGCUUUAUAAGUUGUUACUUAAUCUAAAGAAGGAAACUGCUAGUUCUAAUCAAAAGAUUUAACUUUGCCAAAAUAGAAUUGCAAGGCUUGAAAAUAAUCUAGGAGUAAAUGGAAAUGCCAAUCAUAAUAAUAACAGUAAUGACAUAAUGAAUGAUAGUUAUAGUGGAGCUGAAUACGAAUGA